ACCGACAUCCACCACCGCUGUCGUCAUCAUGGGAGUAAAACCACGACAUGAGAAAGGCGGCGAGUCGUCGGCAUGGAAGCAGAAAAAGGGUUUCAAGAUUGGCCCUGCAAAUCUGCCCGAUGGCACCCAUAGACGGAAAAUCGAAAAGAUCAAGAAGAGCCUCAUCGAGAAAGCCAAGAUAAAGAAGCAGUAUGCAAAGCUCAAAGCACGUGAAGAAACGGAAGCAACAGCACCGCGCAAAUCUGUCUAUGAACGCGAAGCCGACAACACGACCGACCCUGUACCAGAACCCAGCCUGGAACCCCACCCUGACCGAGUCGCUAUGCUGGAAGAGAAGUCACCUGAACCUCAAGGCACCCGAUACAUAGAGAGGCAGGAGCGAAGACGGCGUCCACAACCAUUCCAGAAAGAGAGCGAGGUGACGCGCAAGAAGAGGGAGGAAGCCGAGGAGAGGCAAAAAGCGAGGGAAGAGGCAGACAGGGAGCGUCAGAAGAAAAUCGCUGAACGGGAGCGCUUUAGAAAAACUAUGGCCAAGGCGAGGGGAGGUCCCAAUGGCAAGAGAAAACUCGGUCGCGAAAGCACCAUUUUGCUUGCCAAAGCGCAGAGGCUCAUGGCCAAAACCUGAGGAAUUCGACCAUCUUGUAGAGACGCGUGACGUCGACCUCUGGAUCCCAGGCAAUGAACACGUUCUUGCAAGCCGUCGGGCGACGUUUUCCCGACAAGCUCCGGUUCAUGUACAGGUGCUUAACACGCCACUGUCUGUCUGAAGCAACAUCCUUCAGCUCCACCCGAGAAACGUAUCCGGGAGUCACUACACCAUACCAGCGUACCCCGAAAUGCUACGCUGAACGGCCAUGUCCGUGUCGUCAGUAGCCUGACUAUGCACUGUUUGUCAUGCAGAUGCUGCUUCUAUGCUCAACAAACGUAAGAAUAUAGAAUAUCACAUACGUUCGAGUAACCCGAAUAAAUUAAUGCCUUCUGG